ACCAGACCAAGACAGACAGUCACUGAGAGACCAAGACAGACAGGCACUGAGAGACCAAGACAGACAGGCACUGAGAGACCAAGACAGACAGGCACUGAGAGACCAAGACAGACAGGCACUGAGAGACCAAGACAGACAGGCACUGAGAGACCAAGACAGACAGGCACUGAGAGACCAAGACAGACAGGCAAUGAGAGACCAAGACAGACAGGCACUGAGAGACCAAGACAGACAGGCACUGAGAGACCAAGACAGACAGGCAAUGAGAGACCAAGACAGACAGGCACUGAGAGACCAAGACAGACAGGCACUGAGAGACCAAGACAGACAGGCACUGAGAGACCAAGACAGGCAAUGAGAGACCAAGACAG